ACAUGGGUAUAACUUUUCCUUUUCAUUUCUUUUACAUUCGCUCAAACUGGCAAAAAAUGAUGAAAAAUUCAAAAAUUUAAAUUAACCUAAUGGAUCUCCAACACUUUAGAGCAUCCGCCCGGAAAAGACCACAUCCGAAAAAAUUUACAUUUCCAUAAAUGCAGAAAAAAAUAAAUAAAAAAAUCGUACAGUAUUGGCGUAAUGUCAUGUUGUGACGUUUCAAGGACAAAUGAACAUAUUUCUAGCACCGUUUGUUGUGAAUCAACUUGCUCAAGUGGAAAGAAGGGAUCUUUGGCUUCCGAGCCUCGCAUCCGUUCCGGUGUAUGUCAAACAAACAUUGGUUGUCUGUAUCGUGUCGAUUGCGGUGGAUUUUGCCCCAGAGGAACCGCAACAACCGGUGUCUGUAUUGGCCCAUUCCAGUGUACCCAAGAAGAAGCAUGGAAUAUAAAUAUUCCCCCAAAAUCAAAUUGUGAAUGGUUGAGCAAUUUUAGCGAGCUUCAUCGACAGUGGAGUGAUCACAGCUGACUCGAGAAUUGCAAAUGUUGCAACUGUCGUGCUCGUAGAAACGCAGCUCCGUGCAAACCAUGCUCACGAGCUGCAUCUUCCUCCCCAGGUAACACUGGGGCAUCGAGAGACAAUAAGGUUUGUCGGAAAGAGCGUAUGUCAGGUGGUGGCUGUGAAAUAAGGUCAAAAAACACUUCAUCUUCACCCGGAUCUCCAUUGCCGAAUCACAACUCCCAAAACCAUACUUUCGAAACAAAUUCAUCAUCUCGUCAAUGUCCUCUAACAAGUCCACCAGCCUGUCAACUACCCAGCAGUUGUCAGCCUUGUUCACCCUCUCCAUGCCCAGUCUUAAAGAAGAAGCAUUGUUGUCAGUGCAUUCCAGGAUACUGCAUGUGUCAACCCCUUCCUAGAAACUGCAACUGUUUUCCACCAGUACAUAUUGACGCGAGAGCUAAUAGGAAGUGUUCCUGUGAUUGUCCGUCAUCUCCAGAGUGUGCUUUUCCACCCACUGAACGCAGGUUCCCAAGAACCAAGAGCAGAUUUCCAAAUGCUAAGUUGUGCUGUCCUUUCCCACGUUUACCACCAAAUCCAAAAUGUUUCUUUUCUCGGGGUAAACUCUGUCUACCACCUUCAUGUGAUCCUUGUACUUCUAAAAAAUGUGAAACAAUUCCUACGAAGAUAAAUCCAGGUCAAGAAGAUUCUAAAUGUCCAAAAUUAGCUCCUGGUCGUCCUCGAUUACUUAAAAAGUCUUCCAGAUCAUCGUAUUCUCAUUCAUCGAGAGAUCUACCACCUUCCACUUCUUGUCGACAUAUGUCUUCAACAUAUGAUUAUAACUAUGAUAAACCUCUGCAGUCUCACGUACGGGUUAUGAAUCGUACAAAGUCAUCUCAUUCUCGUCCAGGAAUUGUAGGCGAGGAUCAUCAAUCCUGUUGUUACUGUACUGGUUUAGAAAACGAAGAGCAAAGAAGAGAAAAUAAAGAUUCUUGUGAAAAUGUCUGUGAUUCAUCUACGCAAACUACGGGUUGGAUCUGUCCUGUUUGCUUAUCUGAGCUUUCGUCUAAUCAUUGCUGUUGUUCAUCUUGUACACCACGAAACCUAUGCCAAGAUUGCGGAAACGAAAUUUAUUUAGAGAAGGUUUCAGAAUUUUGUAGGAAAUUUGAAGACAAAUCAAAAUCUCUGCAUCAGGUUGAUUGUUCCGAACAAAUGGAUGAAUGUUUUGAUAAUAAAAAUAGUAACGAUAAUGAGAAAAUUCCUGAAUGUAAAGAAGCAUGUAAAGAAGGCAAUAUGUUAGAAAUAAAGUCUUCAUUUAAAGAUAAUGAAUCAGACGAAGAAGAAUACAUAGAUCAGUUUGAGUAUGAUGAAUGUACAGAUUAUGAUCUUUCAACAUGUAAUACAACAGACAAUAUUUUUAAAUCCAGCGAAAUUUGUAAAUGUGAGGAAGUAGAAUUUAAUCAGAAACUGAACAUACGUAUAAAUUCGCUUAUGAAUGUAGGAACUAAUACAAGUUACCAGAAAGCUUCUUGUUCAAAAAAAAAUCUUUCGAUCCAGAAAAAGAUAAGUACUUCUUCGAACAAGGAAAAAUUAUUUUUAAAAAAAGAUUCUGCAUAUAAUUGUACAGACAUUGCAAUACCUUACAACAUAAACAGAAAAACAAGUAAAACAGUUGUGUUAAAAUCGCAAGAUCAGUUUAAAUCUAAAGAAGAACAUGUAUUUGAUGUUAAACCAUGUACAUCAUUAUAUUGUGAAUGUCAUCCGAAAAAUACAAAAAGAGGUUCAUGCAAUUGCAAGAGGAAGACUACAGAUAAAGAAUCUGAAGUUAAGGUUUGCUGUGCAAAAAAUAAUUCUUUACACUACAGGGAGGUUUCUUUUUUUAAUGGAUGGAAUAAUAUUAAGAAUGCUUUAGUUUCAUACUUUCGAAAUCGAAUUUCUCCAGUAUCUUCUACGCCUCGGGAAAGACUUCGAAAUGAAUGUCAAUCUCAUACUCCCUCUGAUCGAAGAGAACUUAGGAAAAUGAACUUAAAUGAAAAAAAAGAUGGAACGAAAAAUAGUCAACCAAGAGGUGAAUUCUGCUUCAAAAUGGCUGAUAUUAAUCGACUAGAUUCCUUCCCAAAUCCUGAAACAAAUUGUAAUCACACAAAAAAAAGCAAGACUAUCAUUAAGGAGCUUGAUAAAAUAAAGAAAUAUAAUAAUGAUAACAUUUCUGCUAAGUCGGAUCAUACAAUUUCUAGGUUUUCAGAUAGAUCUUUGAUUUAUAUCCAACCUAAGAAUAAUGUGGAUUUAACAUUAGAUAUUGAUAUGCAACUAGAAGAUGAUACACAUGACAAUACAAUGAUUUCAGGACCAGGGGAGAAGACCCUUGCUUUCUUUUCAGAUGGUUCCACAAUAAUUAGGAAUGAAGAUAAAGUUAAUUCUAUGGUUGAUGCUUCAAAUGAUAAUCUCAGUAAAUCAUCAAGCAAUGAAUGUCUUGUUCAUCCUGGAAAAAUUAAUUUCACGAGUGACUGCAAAUUUAGAAGGAAUGAUAAUAAUGGACUAAAUGGAAGUGAAGAAUUUAAGCGGGAGAUAAAUGUUCAUUGUUGUUCUACAUAUGGAUUCGGUGAAAUAAGAAAGAAAGAAACAAUUCAAGGUUCAAAACCAAGAAAAAAUUCAUUUCAAGGCAUUAAAUUUACAACGACUAAAGUACAGAUGCAUUAAAUUAUCUCGAUUUGGAUGAAAUAUUUUUGUUUCAUCUUUGCUGUAGGAAGUAGAAAUCAGACGAAUUAUUUAAUCAUGAAUUGUGCAAUCUUCUGCUUCUUGGCUUUCUGCGCUUUUCAAUACUCGAUGUUAUAACUAGACUCUCCACCAUACGACGAAUCAAUACUUAACUUGGACAUGAUUUAGAAUCACAAAAUAAACGUCUCGCAUAAAAGUAUUAGUUUGGCGUAAAUAAAUAAUGCAAACAAUAAAAUAGCCUCGGAAUGGACUUAAAUUUUAAUUGACAAAAGGCAUGCAUACGGUAAAUGUUAAGGUCAAGUGUCAGAAGACGAAUGGAGACUAUAGCUGCUUGGAAUUCUAGAGGUGUGAAUGAUCUUAAGACAGUCUUCGCAAAUACUCAUGAGUUGAAACGGGAACUGUACAGCAUACGUGAGACAUCCGUCAAUC